GGGCGAUGUGUCAGGUUUUGCUGGCAAGGCUUGUGCCUGUGUGUCGGCGAUCGCACUCUUGCACAGAUACUGGCUGCAAAGCAAGCUGCAUACCCAGUCCGGCGUAAGAAUCUGCCACCAAUAUAUUCUUCACUUUAUGUGAACAAGGCUGAAGUGCAGUCGAGGAUUUCACCCAAAUCUUUGCAGAUCUUGUAUGACUGUGGCCACUUACACUGUUACAGACGGAUUGCCGCACUUCCGAACAAUUGUCUGUAGGACAGCUCUCGUUCAGCACCUAGCUCCAGUCGGGGCUUUUUCUAUUGUUCGAAUGUCGGCUGUGGGAUGUUGAAGCUGUCCUCUGGAGAUUUCCUGCAACCCUUGCAGCCAUUGUGCCGAAGGUGUCUCGCUUUGUCAAGAGCCUAGACGGCCAUGGACAUCCUGAAGCCGCGAGACACGUACCAGCCAGUCAAUUCCAGUGAAAGGGUCUUUGACUCAGGUUUCGACGUUGAGCUAUCAUCGCUGGACAGCAAGACAAAAAGCUUCAAGUCUGAUUUCUCAGCUACAAUCAGAGACCAAGCGCCCCUCCUCGACCCUUCGACUGAUCCAGUAAGCUACGACACAGCAUGUCGCCGGCGAUGGAAAUGGCCAGUCUUCAGAAGCCAUUCUCGGCUUUACGGCUGGAAAACAGGCGCCCUCUGUGCUGCGGUCUUUGCGGGAAUAUCGCUGCUGAUCAAUCUUGUCGUCCUUGUAUGGUUGGCUACUCAUAAAGCAAGCUCGGGACUUGUUGAGCUCUUCCAUGGGAGUUGUAGCAAAGCCCAAAGUAUGGAUCUCUGGGUCCACCUUGCGAUCAACGCUCUCAGUACACUCCUCCUUGGAGGCUCAAACUAUUGCAUGCAAUGUCUGUGUGCCCCAACGAGACAGGACGUCGACGCUGCCCAUGCCAAGGGGAAGUGGCUCGAUAUCGGAGUACCCAGCACUCGCAACCUUACCAGAGUUCCCACCUACAAAUCGGUCAUGUGGUUUAUGUUCGGCCUCUCUUCAGUCCCUUUGCAUCUUAUGUACAAUUCGGCUUUCUACAAGUCUCUAGCGACCAAUGACUACGAAGUCUAUACCGUAACGCAAGACUUCGUAGGAAGUUCGUCCUUUAACACGACAAAGGACGUAUCCGAUUUGAUCAAUCAGUUAGCCCUCGUCGACCCGGGCCACAUCCAGUCCGAACUAAGGACUUCCGACGCUUACGAGCGGAUGGAAAAGGUUGACUGUAUCAAUGCAUAUGCGAAAGACUUUAUUACAAACAGGCGGAAUCUUCUACUGGUCGCGCGAACCGACACAGCUCGAGUGAACGUGCUCCACUUCGAACCCUGGGUUUAUACAAGCUAUGAGCCAUAUAUGUGGAUCUGUACCAGCGACCCGGAUAUCGAUAGCAAAAUACAAGUCCCUAUUGGGACAGAUGGAAACCCGCUUCCGUGCGAGAAGUACGUCUCCAAGGUGGCGGCCAUCGCGGACGAGUGGAAACCCUAUGGCGACGAUAUUCAGUACUGUCUCAGUGAGCGAGUUCCGGAAACCUGCAGCUAUAACGGCAACAUUCCCAUCGUGGCCGUCGUGUUUGUUGCCAAUCUUUUCAAGAUGAUAGGCAUGCUCUGGGUUGCGUUCCGCCUACGCAAUGCCCCACUGAUUACUGUUGGCGAUGCAGUGGAAUCUUUUCUGAACGAACCGGACUCCACGACUAAAGACAUGUGCUUGCUCACAAAAGAGGAUGUUGUAGGACUUGCUCGAAGCAAGACGCACUGGAGUGCUAAGAAUGCAGGAGUUACUGAGCCGAAAGUCGCACGUCUACAAGCGCUGCGGUGGUUGAAAUCGGCCAGCCGUACUCGCUGGUUCUUGACAAUCGGGUUCAUUUCGCUCACUCUGAUCGUUGUCAGCGUUCUGCUCUCCAUUGCCGUCAGGGCCAUAACAACAGCCGGCUUCACCGUUCAAGACCUUGGGUUUGGCAAGGUCAAACCCGCCGCCAUCAUCACAGGCUGGCGAAUUGGCGCCACAGGAGGUGCUGCGGCUCAAAUUCUUUCAUCGGUUCUGCUUGCAAAUUUGCCUCAGACAAUCUUCUCCUUCCUGUACCUCAACCUCAAUGGUCUUCUUACCAGCAUGUGGGUGGCAUCGGAAUGGAGCGAUUUUGCCAAAGAACGGAAAACGUUACGUGUCUCCAAGCCGAAAGGAGCACAGCGGAGCACGCAUUUCUUGCAACUGCCUUACAAGGUUGCUAUGCCAUUGAUGAUUCUGUCGGGACUCCUGCACUGGCUGAUUUCGCAGGCAAUCUUCCUGGUAGUCGUCGCCGAGUAUAAUCCUGACGGGACGCUGCUCAGUCCGGUGGCUGUUGCGUCGUGUGGGUUUUCUCCGCUUGCAAUGAUUCUAGGGAUCGCGGCUGGAUGUGCAAUCAUCAUUGUCACAUUCUUGCUCGGCUUUGGCCUGCGUUAUGAACCGAGUAUGCCGCUGGCUGGCAGCUGCAGCGCUGCGAUUUCGGCUGCAUGUCAUCCGCCGGACUGGGAUAGCGAUGCAGCCAUGAGGCCGAUCAAGUGGGGAGUAAUACCUGACACCCUCACCGGCGAGGACGGUGUCGGCCAUUGCUCGUUUACAAGCGGAGAUGCGUGGCAGCUGCAAGGUGGUAGAAAAUACGCAGGCUGGUCCACAGGUCGGACAAGGAGGCCAUAUCUACAUGUGAUAGAGGAGUAAGGGUAUAUAGAUGAUCAUGAACUCAAUCAGCA